CGGCGGGAGCUCUGCAGGGCUUCUGCUCCGCGCUCUGAGUGUGCGACGACACGCACGGAAUUAAAAGGCGCUCGGUUGCGUGGAGGUAUUUAAAACUGGUGGAAAGCCGCGGUACGGAAACCUUAUCUCCUUAACGUGCAGGUCCUGUUAGGCCAUGAAGGCUUUAAUGGAACUAGAGAGGCAAUAAAACUGAGUGGAUGAGGCACGAAAUUAAAUCUCGACGUCUGGAAGCUCUACGCGGAGCGCCAGCGCGCUAGCCGUGCCGGAGGGAGCGGCUUUGCCAAAUACUUGGCUAUUUCGGGGCUGCAGAGCAGUAAAAUGUUUGCAAAACUGAAGAAGAAGAUCGCGGAAGAGGCAGGUAUCGCGCCUCGCCCGGGAGGAGCUGCCAGGAUACCUAGGUCUGUCAGCAAGGAGUCGAUUGCGUCCAUGGGAGCGGACUCGGGAGACGACUUUGCUUCUGAUGGAAGCAGCUCUAGGGAGGAUCUUUCAUCCCAGUUGUUGAGAAGAAACGAACAGAUAAGAAAACUGGAGGUCAAACUGUCCGAUUAUGCUGAUCAGAUCCGAAACUUGCAGAAGAUAAAAGAGAAGCUUGAAAAUGCAUUAGAAAAGCAUCAGGAUUCCUCUAUGAGGAAGUUUCAGGAGCAGAAUGAAGCUCACCAGGCCAACCGAGCCAAGAUGGCUGAAGGAAUGGCUUUGGCCUUGGAAAAAAAGGACCAGGAAUGGAUGGAAAAACUGGGUCAAGUUGAAAAGGAAAAAAGAAUGCUGGAAACGCAGUUACAAGAAAUGAGGGAGCAGAGUUUAAACCUUUUUCAAAAGAGAGAUGAAAUUGAUGAACUGGAGGGCUUUCAACAGCAGGAGAUGGCCAAAGUUAAACACAUGCUUUUGAAAAAGGAAGAAUCUCUGAGCAAAGCAGAGCAGGAACUAGAGGCAUGCACUCGAGAACUAACUCACACUAAAGAGGUGCUUCAGGAUACAAGUGGUGUGUCAUCAGGCCUAAGAAAAGAUCUUCAAGAGUUGCGGCAGCAGUUCUUGGAGCUAGAGGCACAGAGAGAUGAAUUAAUGACAGCUGAGACAAAUGCGGAAAAUAAGAUCACUGCUCUGGAGUUAAGAGAACGGGAGCUACAAACUGUCAUUCAGCAGUUCUCUGUAGACUUACAAAACGCUCGAGUUGCUGGUUCUGGUUGUGAGAAGAGGCUGGAAAUGUUACAGGUGGAGCAUGAAUCUCUGAAGGUGGAAUAUGAGCAAUACAAGCAAAAGAUGACUCUUGAAUAUAAUGAGAGAAAUAAACUUACUGAACUGCUGCAGGAAAAAGUGUCUUCCUUGGAAAAGAAACUAGGAAGAAAUCUUUCAGGGGAUGAGCAUGUGCAGGAACUUCUUAAGGAGAAAACUACUCUUGAGCAGAAACUGGAUGAAACCAGGCAGCAGUUACUAACAGACAGAACUCAUCACGCUGAGGCUGUGAACAUACUGGAAACACAGAAUAAAGAACUGGAACAAAAACUACAGAUUGCAACAGAAGCGUUGAAGAAGAGCAAGGAAGAAGCUGGUGAGCAGGAUCUGCAGAUCCAGAUGUUGCAAACUGAUCUAGAGAAUGAAAGAAGUAAACUGCAGCAACAGAUUUUAAGUGUGAAACAUGAAUAUGAAAAGAAGGUUGCUGGGCUGGAGUCUCAAAUAGCUGCUCUUAAAACAGCUUGGGAAUUUGAUAAAACAGCUAUUCAGCACAAGCUAAGCCAAUUGGAAAAGGAAAAUGAAGAUCUUAAUGAAAGCAGAGACGGGUAUGAGAGCUCUUUAAAAAACCAAGAGUCUGAACUGGACACGUUGAAGAAGGAAUUAAGCAGCAGAGAGACUGUCAGCAUUGAAAUUGCCAAAGCGUUGGAAGAAACACAAAAACAAAAAGAAGAAUUACAACAGCAGGUUUCGCAUCUGGCUUCCUUAAUAAAGGAGAAGGACCAGCUGAUCGAUGAAAAAUCUGUCCUACUUCUAAAAAAGAAGGAAGAACUAAACCAACUCAGUCAAGAGCAUGACGCUGUCUUGCUGCAAAUACACCAAUUGCAAUCUGACAUAGAAGCAAGUAAUAGCCGAGCAGCAGAGAAAGAAGAAACAGCAAGAAAGGAAAUUGGUGAAUUGAAAUUGCAGAUUCAGGAGUGCCUGCUGGCCAGAGAACAUGAGAGAAACUUUUCAGAAUUAGAGGAAUCAGCAAGAGCAUUGAACAAUAAACAUUUACCUCCUCCAGAAAACCGUGUGAUGGAACAGAAUGGAGAGCUGGCAACUGCAGACAUCAUUCAACUCCAGAAAGAGAACAGAGAGCUGGAACAGCAAAUUGCUGAGAAAAACAAGAUGAUAAAGCAGCUACAACAGAGAAUGACUGAACUCAAAAAAACGCUCCAGAAAGAGUUGAAAAUAAGGCCUGACAGUGAGGUACCCGAAGUACGUGAAAAAACAAAUUCUGAAGUGCCUAAUGCUUCUGUGACUGUCACAAACAACUCUGAUUUAAACGACUCAAGGGAGAUAAACUUUGAAUACCUUAAACAUGUUGUACUGAAAUUCAUGUCCUGCCGGGAAUCUGAGGCAUUCCAUCUAAUUAAAGCUGUGUCUGUGUUACUGAAUUUUUCACAAGAGGAAGAAAAUAUGCUUAAAGAAACCUUGGAAUACAAGAUGUCGUGGUUUGGGUCAAAGCCAUCUCCUAAAGGCAGUAUCCGGCCAUCUAUCUCAAGCCCAAGGACACCAUGGUCUUAAGGGAACCUGAAAACAGGCAGUCAGCAUCUAGCCACUUAUUUUCUGUGAAAAGAACACUCAACACACUAAUUCAGGUGUGUCUUAAUCACUGUCAUUGCAGUAUUUUGUACAAGAACUUUGAUACUGUUUACAAAAGUAAUACUGUGCAAGGAGAAAUUUUCACCACAAACUGAAACAUCUUUCUUGGGUUGGAUCCAGGGACUGUCGUCUCGAUGGUCUCUUAAUGGAAGUCAGCUCCUUGUGCUCAUCGGUCUUGUUUCUUGGCACCAAAGGGUAACGUUAACCUCACUAACAUUGGUGCUGGCAGUUCAAGCUUCUAACAUUUGCAUCUGUUAUGAUGGUGAUUCCAACUUCUGUUAUGAAAUGCCAGAGUUGAAUAACUCUAGCUACAGUAAAGCUUCCUUGUCUCACUGUGGAAAGCAAGCAAUGGAAAGAAUAUUGGCAGUACUGUUGGAUUCCUGGCAGUUUGAAAAGCCUUUCGAAGAACAGGAGCAGGAGCUUUAACCAAAAAAGAAAAAAAAAAACUGCCUUGCCUUGUUAUACUGACAUAACUAAUAGUUUGCAUUUUUUCAUAUCACUGUGUAAUUUAAGGUGCAUAUAUCCUGGCCUGCAGUCCUGAAGGCUGCAUGUUGAUGAUGUUUAUUUAAUUUGAGAGCACAACUUUAGAGUUGUCUGAUUUUACUUUUCUUAAAGAAAAAUAAUAUUUAAAAUGGUCUUAAUUAUAGUACCUAAUACUCAGUCGCCUUUAAAACUAAUCUGCUAGUCUGUACCAUAGGUUGUUAAUGUGGGGAAGAGGGGAUAGUAAACCAUUUUAAAUUUUUAAAGCUGAAUUCCAGGUAUUGUAAAUGCACACUGAAAAUACCUUUUAUUUUAAAAAAACAAAAACCAAAACCAAACAAAAAACCCUCUAGUGACAAAGGGUGAAGAAUAUUGGUACUGAACACUUUGUUUUGGGUUUUUUUUUUUUUCCCUGUGCAAGUUUGCUAGCAGCAGAUGUUCAACCAGAUCUUCAUAACCAGUAUCUGCCUCUUUGGUUGUGAUUUUAUGUACUUCAGAUACUGACGCUUAAAAGAGCUGUUACGGGCAUGUAGUGGGCUGUUAACUGUGUCCUAACUACAUGGUAAAAGGAAUGCUGCUUAUGAGGGUUUUUUGUUUGUUUGUUUGUUUUUUGAGAGCAAAAUUGAAAUAGUCAAUGAAUCUUACUUAUGAAUCCAAGUAGCCUGCCUACUUCUACCUUAGGAAAAGGGGACCAAGCUGGGACUUGCCUCAAGGAUUGAGAGCAGAAUUUUGCCCUUAAUGACUAACCAGAAAAUAGACUGAUUGUUGCUUCCCAUUUUCAUCUGACUUCUUAAAAAAUUGGAUGUAUUUUUAAAAAAUUACAUAGGUAUGGCAUUCAGUGAACAGGCUCCAAUUCUGGCAAUUCUCUUACAAUGCGGUUUGUGUUACUAACACUAUUUUUAUUAAAUAUCUUCAAGAAAAUUCAACCUGUACUCUGGUGGAGAUACGGUCACUGUUCAGGGUUUUAGCUUAGCUUUGCUAUAAAUGACGGUGGUGGUGGUGGCAGUAAGCUACAGCGUGAGAGUCACAGCACGUGAGCUGCUUCCUGCCCCUGCGCACACUUGUGCUGUUGUAAAGAUGAAAGUAGCCUUCUGCAUGAGGUCAGUUACCAGAGUAGUAAAUGUGCUGCAAAUCUAUAUCCUAGCUGACCUCACCAAAUUAAGUAGCCUAGAUACUCACGGUAGCGAUUACUGUGACAAAAGUGACACUCCUUAGUUUGUAGCUAGGCUACAUUUAUUUAAAUUGAAGCGAGACAACACGAUUUUUCAGUAUACUAAAGCUUGUCAAACACAGUCUUUAGUAAACUGAGUCAUAGCACUUAAUUGCAUAGAAUAGGGAAGUUUAUGGGAAGAGUACAGCUCGGCUUUAACAUGAAAACAGACAAUCAAAAAGUAGAUUUGUUUGAAGUGCUCCUAUACUGAAACCAAGUGGGGGCAGGGGAACCCUGUGGGUUCUGGGAAGGGCCCAGAUUUUGUUCCCUAAGGUCUGUCUUUGUAACAUCCCCUUGGCCCUGCCCUACAUCUGAGGGGACCCGGGAACAAGGGACAGAAUUUCAUCUACUCUUGCUGAUGCCUGCUGAAUGACUAAUCGGUUUAAGUUGAUCCUGGCUUGAAAGGUUACUGCUGAACAGUAAGGAAAGCAGUGCAGGGGACUUGGAAGAAAUACAUAAAUCUCAGAAUAUUUGUUUACUAACACAAUUUCAAUUUAAGAUCCCCAAGCUCUUACAGGAUCAACUUCCCAUAAAUUAGUUAAGUGUUGAUUUUUCUUUAUAUAUCAGAGCAAGAAUGGUGUGUAUACGUAUAUUAAAAAGCUAAUGCACUUUUACCUUGUAUAAAAACAAUGGUAUACAUAAUCGUUUCUAUGGCCAUUGGAUUUCUUUCCUUCUAUGCUGUAAAUAUGGAUUCUAUUAUGAAACACUAUGAAAUUUGUGGUGCAAUACAUUUUUGAUUAAAACUCUAAUCUUGA